UGUUGUGGUCGCCAUUUUGCUGGUUGCAUUACUGGGUAAUCGGGGCCCUGGCUCGCCGCGUCCGCCGGAUACUUUCAGCCAGUGGGCAGGUCUGAGCUCGGGCUUCCCGAGCAGCUUGAGUCCCCUUGCCCGCGCCCUCAGGUAACAACGCGGCUACAGGUGGGGUAGCACGAGCUCGCGGGGAGGGAGCAGUACGGACCCGCCCUGCCCGCGUCGCCGCGAGACUUAGCACGAGGCCGAGGGAGGAGGGCAGGGGGGCGGCGGGCAGGUGCAGGCCGUGCCUGGCUAUUCAUAGUCGGAUUCUUGGAAGGGGCCGAGCCCGAGGGAGCAGUCUUGGGAGUGAGGCUGGGAGGGGGUAGCGGGGCCCCGCUCCCGCCCUUUGUUUGGGCUCGACUCCUCCGGCUGCAUCGUCGUCGCCUAGCAACAGCUGUUCUGGACUGCGAUUGGCUGAGCUCUUGGCAGCAGCGGCCAAUGGCACGGUUGUUGCCAUGGCAGGUGCGGACUGCCAAGCUCUGCUCAGCCGGCCCCGCCCGCCGGGGCUCCGCCGACCGGGGCGGGCCUCCAGGGUGGGGGGCGGGACGCCUGGGUCCCCAGGGGCGGGUGGCUGCGCGGGGCGGGGCCGGCGGGGCGAGGGUUAACCCACCCCUCCCCCGUCCACCUGCUUUCCCCUUCCCCCGCGUGCCCCGGGCUGACCCUCGUUCCCUCCUCUCCCCACCCCCGGCGGCGGCGGCUGCUGCUGUUGUCACCCACCGGGCCGCCUGUCCCGCUUGCCCUCCCCGCCGCGGGGCUUGCCGGGCCGGCCGGGCCGGGACAGGCGGCCGUCUCCUCUCUGCCACCGCCGCCGCCAUGCUGGCUGCUCGCCCACCCCACUGGGGGCCCCACCGCGCCCCAGCCCCCCGUGGGCCCCGCGCCAGCCCUGACCCGGGUAGGGGGUGGGUGCUUGGAGAGAAGGUCCUGCCGUGGGAGGGCCCCGGGGAAGAGGUUGUUUCGGGCGAGGGGCGGGGGAGCUCCAAGAGAGAGGAGGGAUCGUGGAGUGGCAAGGCUUGGCAUAGAAGAAAGGGAGUGCCAUGGGAGAAGGCCUGUGGGGAGAGGAUUUUGGUGUGACAGGUACUCUGUGAGGGGAGAACUCUAUGUGAUAUUUGGGGAAUUUGGUUCUGGGGGCCUUCUAGGAAUUGGCACAGUUGUGUAUUGACCCUGGUGUAGAGAAGAGUAACUGGAGAAAGGGCCCUGGUAGAAAUCUUGGAUGGGAGGAGGAGGGGAAGAUCCAGUGUAGGGGAGAGAAGGGCGAGGGAAGAGAAGCCUCCUUGCUCCCAUCAGGGAAAGUGAGCCUUGCUUCUGAGGGGGACCAUGAAGUAAUACGGAGAAGAGCCCCGAUGUGCCACGGGAGCAACUACCUGGAGCAGUGGUCCCUGGUGUGGGAGGAAAUGUUAUAGGGAAGAGGUCUUGGCAUGAUAUGGGGUGGGUCCCCUGGGGGGUGGGGGCUGGUGGAUGGGAAUGCCAUGGGGUGGGACUCUGUUGUAUGGAGAUAAUCCUAUAUAACAGGUUAAUCUUGGUGUGGUCCCCAGGACCCUGAUGUGGUUUUAGGGGCCUGCAGAGGACUCUGUCGUGGGUUUGGAGGGGGCCCAGAGUUGUCUCAUGUGGUUUGGGGGGAUCCUAGAGCUCUCUGGAUUGAGGGAUCUACCGGGAAGGGUAGAUCUUGAAGUGGAGGGACCUUGCUGUGAUACGAGGAGAUCCUGAUGAUCAGGGAAGACUGCAGGAGGGCAAGAUCUUGUGUCUCAGCGGCGGUGGCAGCCGAGGUGCAGGAUGCGAGAAGGCGCCCCCCGGCCGGGCUCCCGCUCCAGGCCUCGCUCCCCUGCGGCCCUCUGAGCCCACCAUGGCCGUCCCACCAGGCCAUGGUCCCUUCUCUGGCUUCCCAGGGCCCCAGGAGCACACGCAGGUAUUGCCUGAUGUGCGGCUGUUGCCACGGAGGCUGCCCUUGGCCUUUCGGGAUGCGACCUCAGCCCCGCUGCGCAAGCUCUCCGUGGACCUCAUCAAGACCUACAAGCACAUCAAUGAGGUAUACUAUGCGAAGAAGAAGCGGCGGGCCCAGCAGGCGCCACCUCAGGACUCGAGCACCAAGAAGGAGAAAAAGGUCCUGAACCAUGGUUAUGACGAUGACAACCACGACUACAUUGUGCGCAGUGGCGAGCGCUGGCUGGAGCGCUACGAGAUUGACUCACUCAUUGGCAAAGGCUCCUUCGGCCAGGUGGUGAAAGCCUAUGAUCAUCAGACCCAGGAGCUGGUGGCCAUCAAGAUCAUCAAGAACAAAAAGGCCUUCCUGAACCAGGCCCAGAUUGAGCUGCGGCUGCUAGAGCUGAUGAACCAGCACGACACAGAGAUGAAGUACUACAUAGUGCACCUGAAGCGGCACUUCAUGUUUCGGAACCACCUGUGCCUGGUGUUCGAGCUGCUUUCCUACAACCUGUACGACCUCCUGCGCAACACGCACUUCCGCGGAGUCUCGUUGAACCUGACGCGGAAGCUGGCGCAGCAGCUCUGCACAGCGCUGCUCUUCCUGGCCACGCCUGAGCUCAGCAUCAUUCACUGCGACCUCAAGCCCGAGAACAUCCUGCUCUGCAAUCCCAAGCGUAGCGCCAUCAAGAUCGUGGACUUCGGCAGCUCCUGCCAGCUUGGCCAGCGGAUCUACCAGUACAUCCAGAGCCGCUUCUAUCGGUCGCCUGAGGUGCUUCUGGGCACACCCUACGACCUGGCCAUUGAUAUGUGGUCCCUGGGCUGCAUCCUGGUGGAGAUGCACACUGGAGAGCCCCUCUUCAGUGGCUCCAAUGAGGUGGACCAGAUGAACCGGAUUGUGGAGGUGCUGGGCAUCCCACCAGCCCCCAUGCUGGACCAGGCACCCAAGGCUCGCAAGUACUUUGAACGGCUGCCUGGGGGUGGCUGGACCCUACGAAGGACAAAGGAACUCAGGAAGGAUUACCAGGGCCCCGGGACACGGCGGCUGCAGGAGGUGCUGGGCGUGCAGACGGGCGGGCCCGGGGGCCGGCGGGCGGGGGAGCCGGGCCACAGCCCCGCCGACUACCUCCGCUUCCAGGACCUGGUGCUGCGCAUGCUGGAGUAUGAGCCCGCCGCCCGCAUCAGCCCACUGGGGGCUCUGCAGCACGGCUUCUUCCGCCGCACGGCUGAUGAGGCCACCAACACGGGCCCGGCAGGCAGCAGUGCCUCCACCUCGCCCGCACCCCUUGAUACCUGCCCCUCCUCCAGCACCGCCAGCUCCAUCUCCAGCUCUGGAGGCUCCAGCGGCUCCUCCAGUGACAACCGGACCUACCGAUACAGCAACCGAUAUUGUGGGGGCCCCGGGCCCCCCAUCACUGACUGUGAGAUGAACAGCCCCCAGGUCCCACCCUCCCAGCCGCUGCGCCCCUGGGCAGGGGGUGAUGUGCCCCACAAGACACAUCAGGCCCCUGCCUCCGCCUCGUCACUGCCAGGGGCCGGGGCCCAGUUACCCCCUCAACCCCGAUGCCUUGGCCGUCCCCCAUCACCAACCUCACCACCACCCCCGGAGCUGAUGGAUGUGAGCCUGGUGGGCGGCCCUCCGGACUGCUCCCCACCUCACCCGGCGCCUGCCCCCCAGCACCCGGCUGCCUCAGCCCUCCGGACUCGGAUGACAGGAGGUCGUCCACCCCUCCCACCCCCUGAUGACCCUGCCACUCUGGGGCCUCGCUUGGGCCUCCGUGGUGUACCCCAGAGCACGGCAGCCAGCUCAUGACCCAGCCCCCUCCCUGGGGCCCCUCCUGAAGCCAUACCCCCCAUCUGGGGGCCCUGGGCUCCCAUCCUCAUCUCUCCCCUUGACUGGAAUUGCUGCUACCCAGCUGGGGUGGGUGAGGCCUGCACUGAUUGGGGCCUGGGGCAGGGGGUCAAGGAGAGGGGUUUAGGCGCACCCUCCUCACUAAGGACUGGACCCUUGGCCCCCUCUCCCCCCCCCCCUUGUUUUCUAUUUAUUGUACCAAAGACAGUGGUGGUCCGGUGUCGGGGGGAGACCCCCUUCACCCUAGGGCCCUAGGAGGGGGUGGGGGCAGGUAGGGGGAGAUGGCCUUGCUCCUCCUUGCUGUACCCCCCAGUAAAGAGCUUUCUCACA